UCUGCUGUAGCUGUACAGUCCAGUCUCGCUCUAUAAAAAGCGGUAAAGCAUAUAUUUUUCAACGCUUUCUCCACCAGAUCUCUUGGACUCGCCUCUUGGAGAUGCGUGCUCGCUGAAGCUGUUUCUAUCAUCAUCGCCAUCGCCACCCAUCUGGAGCGUUGUUCGAGGGGGAGGGGGAUAGAGAGAGAGAUGGAGAAUGGAGUGGAGAAGAGGCAGCGUGUGAUGGCGGCGAUGUUCAGCGAUGAGGAGGUGGGCGAUAUAAGCGGCGUGAAGAUAGGGGAUGAUUACGUGGAGGUGACGUGUGGGUGCACCAGCCACCGCUACGGUGAUGCUGUUGGGAGACUUAGGGUUUUCUCCACUGGUGAGCUUGAAAUCACCUGCGAAUGCACUCCUGGGUGCCAAGAAGACAAGAUGACACCAGCUGCUUUUGAGAAGCAUUCUGGAAGAGAAACUGCUAGGAAAUGGAAGAAUAAUAUUUGGGUUAUUGCUAAUGGUGAGAAGGUUCCUGUGGUAAAGACUGCACUGCUCAAAUAUUAUAUUCAAUCUUCGAAACAUGCAAAUGGCUCAAAUAGAUCAAGCAAUGGAAAAGCCUGCCAUCGUGAUGAAUUUAUCCGAUGUACUGUCUGUAACAAAGAGCGCAGGUUCCGUCUUCGUACGAGGGAGGAAUGCCGAAGUCUCCAUGAUGCUUUGGCUAAUGCUAAUUGGAAAUGCUCUGAUAUGCCUCGUGACAAAGUUACAUGUGAUGACGAUGAGGAGCGAGCAAGCCGGAGGGUGUACAGAGGAUGCUCCCGCUCUCCAACGUGCAGAGGCUGCACCACCUGCGUGUGUUUUGGAUGCGAGGUCUGCCGAUUCCCGGACUGCAGUUGCCAGACUUGUAUCGAUUUCACUAGGAAUGUCAAAGCUUGAGGGGAGGGGCCAAACAGCCCAACCAUUUCCCUAAUGCCUUAAAAGUUUUAGCUUUAUAAUCCCCAAUUUGAACAUUCUCUCCACGAUUAAUUUAUUUAAACUCUGCACAGAUGUUCUGCAGGGAGCUGUUGCUAAUCUUCUCUUAUAAGGUUUGCCUUCAUUUCCAGUGAUCACUUUGCCAGUAUACAUAACUCUUUGUUUCUUAGCAGAAGAUUGAAAUUUCAUUCUUUGAAUUAUUUAAA